UUUUGGCUCGUAUUCAUGCUCUUCCGCUCAUUUCCAAGCCAGGUGCUUGACGACGAACCUCACCGAGAGAGAAAGUCUGUGAGAGAGGAAAAAAGUAUAUAUUAUUGUUAAUAAUAAGAAUAACAAUAAUAAGACUGGACACUUUUUAUGACUCCUGCAACCGAAUGCGGAACAUUGCUUUCACCUUUGUGGAUUUUUUAACGUGUGCGCAUCUUGCAUGCGUGUUUUCUUUUUCCCUCAUGCCGCAGGUCUGACAGAGUUUUUAGCGGACUGCGAGAUCGCGCUUCAGUGUUUCACAUCGGGAAGAACCGAACGGGCGCUGGAUCUUUCUUUACUUUUUGCCCCAUUUUCCCCCAGACGCUGAACAUCCUGGCAUGACCGGUACCUGGCAUUUACGCAGGUGAAUAGCUUCCCUUCCUUCCGAUUAGAACUUAUCCUUGUCAUUACCGCUGGGGAUAAAAAAAGUGAAGUUUAAAGAUGUCGAAGCCCGCUGAUCACAUCAAAAGACCCAUGAACGCGUUCAUGGUCUGGUCUCGGGGCCAGCGGAGGAAAAUGGCUCAGGAGAACCCCAAAAUGCACAACUCUGAGAUCAGCAAAAGACUGGGCGCCGAGUGGAAGCUGCUGUCCGAGUCCGAGAAGAGACCGUACAUCGAUGAAGCCAAGAGGCUGCGGGCGCAACACAUGAAGGAGCACCCCGACUACAAGUACCGACCCAGGCGCAAGCCCAAAAACCUGCUCAAGAAGGACCGCUACGUCUUCCCACUGCCUUACCUCGGGGACACCGAUCACUUGAAGGGACUGCCGAUGUCGGCCGCUGACUCCCUCCUGGGGUCCUCGGAGAAAGCCCGGGCGUUCCUGCCCCCCACCUCUGCCCCCUACUCCUUCCUUGACCCGAGCCAGUUCAGCUCCAGCGCCAUCCAGAAGAUGACCCAGGAGAUGCCCCACACGUUGAGCACCAGCACUUUGCCCUACGCCUCCUCGCUGGGAUAUCAGAACGGUGCGUUCGGUACCCUCGGGUGCCCCAGCCAGCACACCCACACCCACCCGUCGCCCACGAACCCGGGCUACGUAGUACCGUGCAACUGCACGGCCUGGUCGACGUCGAGUUUACAGCCCCCCGUGGCUUACAUACUGUUUCCAGGUAUGACCAAGACUGGGAUAGACCCCUACUCGUCCGCACACGCCACUGCCAUGUAACCCACAAGACUCCCACCCUGUUUUUAAUGUCAUUUGAAUACAGAAAUGCAUGUAAAUAUGUUACGGACAGCGCGGCCCGUUAAAAAGGCAUGAACAGUGUUAUCUGAAGGGGACUUGUUGAGGGAAAAAAAAGAGAGAAAAGACGAAAAACUUUUAGCAGAAAAAUCCAACAAGUUCCUGUCCAAGCAGAGGAGCUGGAGUUGGAUGUGAAGGACGGAGCCCAGUGAACUGUAAGAAAUGUAAAUGUUAUAACGUUUAUGGCAACCAGAAAGGGAGGCCUUUAACUUUAUUUAUUAUGUACAUUUCAAUGAUAUGCUGAUUUGUGUUGAUGAUUCUGAUAUAGGCUACUCUCUUAUUUUGAAAGAAAAAAAUUGGCUGGCACAAUUAGAGUUCGAAUACCUGUAUAUGCCUAAUUAGUCAACAUUUUUGCAAUUUUAGAAUGACGUUCUGGAUAUAGGGUCAACAUCCAGACUCAUAGGCUGCUUUUUAUACGGGUUUUAUUGUUUAUAUUUAUCAAAAUAAUAAUAAAAAAUGAAGCAUAAAAGCAGACGGUCUAAGAUGAUAAAAAAGGGGGAAAAAUCAAAAUGUUUCAGUUUUAGAUUUUCCAUGUGGUUCCGUGCUAAUAUAGUCAAACACAUCAGUUUUUUUUUAAUGUUUUAGUUUAUUUUAUUAUUAUUUUUAAGGAUAUCUUCUAAUUGAAUUCAAGGAGUUCUAUGUGUAUUUUCUAAAUGAGAUGGUAAUUUAAAAGCUGUCAUGUUCUGGAAAGGAUCCUGUAUCUGGAAGGUUGAUACCUCCUGCUCUUUGUUCAAAUGCUGAGCAAAGACUUUUUGAAUAAAGACAAUCUGUCUUCAACCAGA